AUGACAAAAAGGACACGCUCCCACCUGGGUCUUCCCCUGAACCCGGAUAACCCUCAGACAGACCAGGACAACCCGAACCAGGAUCAUACCUCAGGACCCCUUUUCACCCAUGUGAACCCGGACGAGAACCAAACAGUCAACCCUAAUGAUGCCCGGGUUACCAUUGAAAUGAAUCAAAUCAAGUAUACCGAUGUCCCGGUCACCACCCUCCACAUGUCCCAACUCACCAGUGUAGAGUUGGCUGAAGCCAUCCGACAGUACCUUGAUCGCCGAGAAAGCAACCGCAGGCUUGAACACAUCGACGAGUCUGAGGACUCCGGGAACAGUCGUCAAUCCCGGGGUUCCGUCUUCGACCGGCUCGGAGAAAAAGCCAAGAAAAAGAAACAAAAAGAAAGUGAGGAAACCCGGCAGAGAAUCCUGGCUGAAAGAAAGGAGCAAAUCCGAAAAGAGGAGGAGGAAAAACUAGAACAAAAAAUUGCUCUCCGGGUCCAACUCGAAGAAGAAAAGUUGACAAAAGGAUCCCGGUCCAAGCGAUAUCGGAAGGAAGCAACGCCCGAACUCAUCUCUGAUGAUGUGGAUGAGGGACCAGGGCAAACCAAUCUCAGAGACAUGAUCAACGAGCUCAACAGGAAAAUUGGGAAUGAGUCCGGGCUCGAAAUAGGAGGAACCCUGACUCCCUUCAGCCACUCCCUGGAAUCUAUUCCCCGACAAAAAGGCAUGAAGCACUACAACUUUGAGUCCUUCAAUGGACUAGGUGACCCAGAGGAACACCUGCACUAUUUUGAACAUAUAGCCCAGAUUUACUGGUACAAUGAUCUAACCAAAUGCCACUUCUUCGCAUCCACAUUCAAGGGAGGGGCCCAGAGAUGGUUCAGCCGGAUCCCCUCCCGGAGCAUCGGGUCCUGGAAAGAUUUCAAGGAAGCUUUCCUCAGAAGGUUCCGAGCAAACAAAACACAUGAACUUUAUAUGUGUCACCUGGAAACGGUUCGUCAGUAUGACAAUGAGGCACUCUCAGAUUACAUGAAACGUUUCCAGGAAGCAAUCAACAAAAUUUCCAGCCUGGACGAGCGUGAAGCUUUGAGCAUCUUCAGGAGAAACCUGGACCCAGAACAAAAUGAGAGAUACGUGGUCGAGUUAAUCAACAAAGAACCCCAGAGCCUGGCGGCUGCCUAUGCCAUGGCCGCAAAAUUCAUCAAAGAGACCGACGUACUCCAAGCAAUGAGGAUGACCCGACAGGGUAGCUCGAAAGGAAAACAGGUCGAGGACAAACCCAGAAAAGAAUAUCACCAGGAUAAGAAAUUCAAACCAGACAGACAAACCAACUUCAUCCAGCAUUCAGGUUCCAGGAGGACCAGCCAACCAGGACCCGGGUCUAGAAGUGAUCCUGGUCCGAACAGACCAGCAAGAGAACCGAAACCAGAGCCCGAAUGGACCCCCCUCAACCGAUCCAGGGAAGACAUACUUAAAGAGGUCCGGGACAAACCUUUCUAUUAUGCUCCAAAACCCAUGCAGACUCCUCCAGAGAGCAGACCCGCCAACCGCCAUUGUGACUAUCAUGGCACCCACAGUCACAAAACGGAAAACUGCAUAUCCCUCAAGUAUUUCAUUGAAGAGCAAAUCAGCAAAGGAAACAUGGGGCAAUAUAUAGCCCGGAACACAGCAAACAAGGGAGAAGGUUCGGGGAAACAAAAGAACAUAGUCAAUGUAGUCUUGGGAGGUUCCUGUUCCCCUCCUCCCAGCCCAGACUCAUGUCAAGAGGUAAUGUCCAUACAGACCUUCCCCGAACAAGUCAUUUCCUUCAGCAGCAAGGACUUCGAGGGAGUCACCCGGGGUCACAACCAGGCCCUGGUGGUAACUUUGGAUAUAACCGAGAAUGAGGUCAGACGGAUCCUAGUCGACAACGGCUCUUCAGCAAACAUCUUGUUCAAACAUACCAUGGACCGAAUGCAACUAGGGAACAUCCGGAUGAACGACUACAGGGAGGAUCCCUUAUACGGAUUCGGGAAUAGCAUUGUCCCGGUCCUAGGAACCCUUUACCUCCCGGUUCGUUUUGGUACAGCCCCAACCCAGGUCGUCCAUAUGAUCAAAUUCUAUGUCACAAACACUCCUUCCUCUUACAAUGUGAUCAUUGGCCGUCCGGGUCUAAACAAAAUCGAAGCCAUCACUUCUGUCACGCACCUGAAAUUCAAAUUCCCAACCCCGUUUGGAGUAGGUGAAGUCAAAGGAGAUUCAGAAACAGCCGGGGUGUGUUAUAGCCAAGCCUUGGUUAUGGCGGAAACCCAUAUGGACAACAAGAGAAAGGCUAUUGUCUUCCAAAAACAGAGAAGUAACAAAAAACAUCGACUUUACCCGAGGACAAACCCUAAGGGUGAAGUCCAGGUCAUCGACCUAGACCCGGGCAGUCAGAACCCGGGAGCAACCAACCCUGGUCCUGGACAAAGCAAUCAGAAAGCAACCAUGAGCCCAGCUCAAAAUUUCGUUGAAAAGAACACUGAUGCCCGGAUCCAACAAAUGAUCUCGGCACAAGAGUUGACUAAGGUCGAAGCUGCGGUCGAAACCGAGUCUGUCCUGAUCGACAAAGACAACCCGACAAAAAAAGUCAAAAUUGGAAAAGGCCUGGACACCGUUUUUAAAGAAGAACUCAUCCAACUACUUCGGAGCUACGCAGAUGUUUUUGCCUGGAGCCCGGACGACAUGCCCGGGUUGGAUGAGUCACUAGCAAUGCACAACCUAGAUGUAGACCCCAAGAAGAAACCGGUCAAACAAAAACGAAGAAACUUCACCCCAGAAAGGCAGAAGGCGAUAGAUGAGGAAGUUGGCAAAUUAAUAAAGGCAGAUAUCAUCUGCGAGAUCAAAUACCCGGAGUGGCUAGCUAACGUAGUCAUGGUAAAGAAAGCAAACGGCAAGUGGAGGAUGUGUGUUGACUACACGGAUCUGAAUGCGGCAUGCCCCAAGGACCCUUAUCCUCUACCAAGCAUAGACCAGCUUAUUGAUGCCACAUCAGGACACCUGAUGUUAAGCUUUAUGGAUGCGUUCUCCGGGUACAAUCAGGUUAAGAUGAACCCAGCAGACAUAGCCAAAACAGCCUUCAUAACCCACCGGGCAGUAUAUGCCUACAAACUGAUGCCUUUCGGGUUAAGGCACGCCGGGUCUACAUACCAGAAGGCAAUGAAUGAAAUUUUCAAAGACCAACUUGGAAGGAACUUAGAAUGCUACGUCGACGAUAUAAUCUCCAAGUCUACUUCAGUACCAGGACACAUUUCAGAUCUCAAAGAAUGUUUUGAGAACAUGAGAAGGACUAAGCUAAAGCUCAACCCGGACAAAUGCACCUUUGGAGUAGAAGAUGGAAAGUUUUUGGGUUUUAUGGUAAGCAACCGGGGUAUCGAAGCCAACCCGGAGAAGAUUAAAGCGAAAUCAGUAGAGUGGAGCCCGGAUUGCCAAAGAGCCCUCGACGAGAUCAAGACAUACCUAUCCAAGCCUCCGAUCCUGACAAAAGCCUUACCCGGAGAGCCCCUAUACCUGUACCUGUCAGCCGGACCCCUUGCUGUCGGGGCGGCGUUGAUCAGGGAAGAAGCCGGACAACAGAAGCCUGUCUACUAUGUUAGCCAAGUCUUGAAGGAUGCGGAGACCAGGUAUCCCAACUUAGAAAAAUUUGCAUUUGCGCUGAUCACCGCAUCCAGGAAGCUGAGGCACUACUUUCAAGGAAGAGAGAUCAGGAUUGUUACAAACCAACCUUUGAGGAAAAUCAUUCACAAGCUAGAUAUCUCCGGGAGGCUAGUAAACUGGGCAAUCGAACUUAGCCAAUUCAGCCUAACAUUCCUACCCCGGACAGCAAUCAAAGCCCAGGUCCUGGCCGAUUUCGUGGUGGAAUGCAACUUUCCAGAAAAUCAGACAACUCCCAUGGAAACCGAACCAGAAGCUACGGAAGAUCCUAACCCGGAGUCUUGGACACUCCAUGUGGACGGGUCCUCAACUGCUGAGAGAUCAGGAGCCGGGCUAAUCCUGAAGAGCCCGGAUGGAUUCACCAUCAAAACAGCAAUCUCCUUCGGUUUCGCAGCAACCAACAACCAAGCGGAAUACGAAGCCCUCCUAGCGGGAUUAAAAUUAGUCCGGACCCUGUCUAUCCGAAAUCUCACCAUCCACAAUGACUCCCAGAUUGUAGCCAGACAAACUAAGAGCGAAUACCUAGCCAAGGACCCGAUUCUGACCAAGUAUCAAGCCUUGGUGAAAAGUUACCUUACUCUGAUCCCCGGGUACAAAAUCUUGCAAGUCAACAGGGAAGAGAAUGCGGAAGCGGACAACCUUUCCAGGUUAGUCCAUAAUUCAGCAGACCUGGACAGCUCGGUCUAUUUCGAAGGAUUGCACAAGCCAACAAUAGAACAGGAGGAAAUCUUUGAAAUCAACAACGAUCCUACCUGGAUGACUCCCCUGAUCAACUACAUAGAAAAGGGAGAGUUACCCGAAGACAAAGGAAAAGCUCAAAGAUUGAAGGCUAAAGCAGCCAAGUUUUUCGUAGAAGGCGGAAUCCUGUUCCGCCGAACCUACUCAGCCCCGAUCCUGAAGUGUAUUGGACCCGAAGAAUCCGAGUACUGCCUAAGGGAAGUCCACGAAGGAAUUUGUGGAGACCAUAUGUCAGCCAAAAGCUUAGCCUACAAGAUCAUCAGACAAGGAUACUACUGGCCGACUAUCCACCAAGAUGCCAUGGAAUUCGUGAAAAAAUGCAAGAAUUGUCAGUUGUUCAGCAAUGUACCCCGGGCAAGCCCUGUCCUACCUUCCUCAGUUCUAUCCCCGAUCCCCUUUGCUGUAUGGGGAAUAGACAUCAUGGGACCCUUUCCCCGGGCCAAAGGGGACCUCAGAUACUUGCUCGUUUCCAUUGAUCAUAUGACCAAAUGGGUCGAGGCCAAAGCGAUGCGGACAAUCAACCAGCAAGACGUCAUCCGGUUUAUGGACAACAUUCUCAUGAGAUUCGGGCUACCAAGAGUCCUGGUCUCGGACAACGGACCCCAAUUCAUAGGGUCGGAUUUCGAAAGUUACCUGGCCGAAAGAGGUAUCAAGCAUAAAAAAUCUUCAGUCGCAUAUCCUCAAGGAAAUGGCCAGGUGGAAGUUACCAACCGGAUCCUCCUGAAAGGAAUUGAAAAAAGACUGGAAGAAAGCAAGAACAAAUAUCCAGAAGAGUUACCACAUGUUCUCUGA